GGGGGCAGCGUGGUUACCAUGGAGACCGCCGGGACGCGGCGCGGCCUGUGAAGGGAGACAAAAUCAAAGCCCGACUCAACUCCGUCCCUGAUAUUGGCUCCUAAUUUCCUAACCGAAAAUACUGUAGUCAUUCCCGAGUCCUCCUCAGAUUCUUUCAGUAUUUGGGGUCAAGAUGUCUAAAGUACAGGAAGAACAGGAUUUGCAGAAGUUUCUUAGAGAUGUGGAUGAAGUUACCAACUUGAUUCAAGGCCUAAAUUCCACAGACCCUUCUAUCCAGGAGAAAGCCAUUGCAGACACAGAGAAAAGAUUAAACACCACUGCUGUCAAAUGUGAGGAUAAACACAAGCCCACAGUGGACAGAACAUGCAUCAAUACACGAGCCCCGGAUUUGCCAGAUCAGCAGGAAACAAUGAAUCCAGAGAGUUUUAUGGCCGCUUUAGAAAAGGAUGCCAAAGAGCGAGCAACGAAAAGGAAGCACAAUGAAGCCUUAGCAAACGCACUGAAAGAAAAAGGGAAUGAUGCUUUCAGCAAAGGGGACUAUGCUCUGGCUAUUCAGAAGUACACUGAAGGCCUCAAGAAGCAAAAGGAUAUGCAGGUGCUGUACACCAACAGAGCACAGGCCUACAUCAAGUUACAAGACUAUGAAAAAGCUAUCAGUGACUGUGACUGGGCUUUAAGGUGUGAUGAAAAAUGCAUCAAAGCUCUCUUCCACAUGGGGAAAGCAUAUUUGGCCCAGAAGCAGUACAGUAAGUCCAGAGAAUGCUACCUGAAGAUUUUAGACAUUGAUCCUGGAAAAGAGAAGCUGUGCAAAGACUACAUACACCAAGUAGACUUGGAGGAGAAAAGACAGCACGAGGAUGAGAGGGCCAUGGAGGAGCUUGAAUCUGGAAAACACACAGCUGUGUCAGUGAAGGAGUUGCUCCAGCAGCUCCGCAGCCCUGAUGAGAACAUUCUGUACUAUGCAGAUGGGAUUAGGCUUCUGACUGCGUUGAUGCAAGACUGCACUGAGCAAGCCUUAUUUAGGACAAACAAUGGCUUCAGUAUCAUCAAUGACAACGCAGUCGUGCAACGGGUCUUCCACACCAAGACAAAAUCCCCUGAUGAAGUGGAGCUCUUUAUUGCCAUUCUCCUUCUGUGGCAAGCAGCCUGCAAAGACAAUGAGGAGAACCAGCGUCUGCUUCUCACUCAUCCUGAUGUCAACCUGCAACUUCCUUCUCUGUUGCUCUCUGAGGUGCCCAAAAUCCAAGAAGAGUGCUUAGCCCUGCUUUCUCUCUAUGCAGAAACAGAGAAUGGGAGGAUCCUGUUGGUCCGACACCUGGACACAACUAGGUGGCUACACAUCUUUAUGUCCUUCAUCAAAGUUUUUGACAGCAGAGCUAGAUGUGCCUUGAAAUUGCUGACCAGCUUAAUCCCAGAGGAGAAGUUCAAAAUUCAGUGCCGUAUCAAACUCUCCACGGAGACUUUGCCACUAUUCAUAGAAUUACUGAGUUCUGCUAAGACACUGAACAAGCUGGGCCUCGCCCAUUGCAUUGCCAUCAUGGGAGACAUCUGCUCUGAUGUGGUCAUCCGAAUGCAGAUGACUGAAAGCCCAGAUUGCUGGCAGGCCUGUUUGAGCUUUCUGGAUGAGUGCUGGAACAAAGGCACGGCCACCAGAUACCCGGAGUGUCUCUAUGCACUGCUUGGCCUGAUGAUGAACCUCUCUUUGGAACCCAAUUUGCUCCUUCAGGAUCUUGCCAUAGAGAUUUCUGGGAAAUGCAUGUCCCUCUUUGACUGUAAAGAGGGAGGAAUUGUGACACGAGCAGUUGGGCUUUUAAGUCACAUCCUGCCAAUGAGUCCAGAGGCACAGGAAGAGGCAAUAAAAGAUGGCGUGGUGAGCAAAAUGAUCAGAUUUCUCAAGGCAGAUGGGCCGAUCACACAUGGCUAUGCAAUGAAAACCCUGGCUGUUUGUGCCAAAAGCAGCCAAGAGGCACAGGAAGAGAUUGUAAAGCUGGAUAAAAAAUGUAAGAUCCUGCUGAAGUUUCUGCGCUCAGAGAAUGAGGUGUUGGCAGGAAAUGCUGCUUUCUGCCUUGGGAGGUGCUUUGAGGUGCCUGGAGCAGCCACAGAUUUGCUCAACGUGGAUAUUGUGCGGAUUUUAUUGAAAGUCGCUGGCAGGGAUGCCCAGCGGACGUCUGUGCAACAGAACGCAGCCAUUGCUUUAGGAAAGCUCUGCGCAGCUGAUGCCAGGCAAGUAUCCACAGAUGUGGGCUCACUGAGGAUUAUCCUCCUUCUGUUGGUUUUAUUUAUUUGUUUAUUUGUCAUAUUCAUGUCCUGCUGAACUACUAAGUGAAGUUCUCAAGGCAGCUUCCAAUAUAUUUAAAAUACAGAAAAAUGCUAAAUGUUACUAUGCAUGUAAUCACAAAAGGUGAAUAUUAGUUUUCCCUUGCCCCAGAAAUAGCUGCCAAGCCGCUGACAGGUACUGUAAGUCUCUCUUUCCCUCCCUCAUUGUCUCCCACAAUCCCUGGCUCUGGAGACAGAUGCAAGGCACGCUGGGGGAAUAAAGGCUAGACCUCUGAGAAGCUCAUUUUUUAUGGCUUUCUGGUCUCGUUUUGCAUUUAUUUGUGCUAAUUUGUAUUGGCAGCCAUCCUUGGAACUGAUGUUAUUUGGCAGAUUAUGAACAAAUAUUGUAAAUCAGUACACAUUCAGCCACUUUGGUGGGCUUUAAAGAAACAGCUGUAGUGGGUUAAGGCAUCAAGCGGUGAAUGAUUUUUGCGUGUGAGAGAUGAUUGCUUGACUGUUCUGACACAUCACAGCCAAGUGGUGAGGCCAGGGUUUUCCAGUCAGUCAAGUUUUUAUUAUUUUUCAGUCAGUGUCCAUUAUAAUAUCAUCACUUGUUACCUUCUAGAAUCCCUUUUGACAUGUGGAGUGGGCCAGGAAGUGCUGAGUUCUGAG